ACGAAAAAGUAAUUUUGUCAGUGAGAAGUACCAGCGAUGGAACAGAAUUAUCAAUAAAGGAUACUAUGGGCUGGUUACAUGACAUUAGUGGCAUGAGAAAAAUAAACGUCGACUACAACAAGACACAUAUGAUCAGAGACGAUAACCUAAACUCGACAAUUAAAGUAAAAGAUAUACAAUUAUUUCAUUUCGACCAUACAAGGAAUCUUGCAAUUAAGCGAGACAAGGACUGCUUAACAGUUGACUUAGUGGAGAAAGCUGGGUAUCCGGAAAUCUGCAUUUUUGAAGCUAAGUUGAAUGAGAACAAACGCGAUAUGAAUCUGCUUGAAUUUCCAUCAAGAAAUCCACGUCCGAUUACGAGGAAUGAAAAUUUCAUUUUCUCCUACAACUCAGUGGCAGGAACGGAGACUAAAGAUGUCACAGGUAAAAUAUUUUUAAAGCCAAUGGAUAUUAAUUCAGCUUCUACAGAAAUCAUCAAAUACACUUUGUCCAUGAAUAUAUUUCUUUUUCAUAUGCAUCAAGAUGUUGUAAACAUUUUAACAUGUAAGAAGUUUGGAAAAUAUGGUGAAAUUGGGUGA